GCUACUCCCGCCGCGCAGCACCGUAGCGUGCGGACUCCCAGCAUCCUAGAUCUUUGUACUUGCGUAUAUCCUUAGAAUGAUGUUGAAUUACGACUUACGAACAUUUCAAGUUACGAAUGGCCGUUCGGAACGUAACUCAUUCGUAAGUAGAGGAGCGUCUGUAUUUUUUAUUGAGCUGAAACUAGCCAUCAAGGAAACUAGUGACUUAAUGUGUAAAUCACAAGAAUAAUGCAGCGAUAUAGUAACUGCCAAAAACACCCUUCUAGUCUGGAAACAGUUUUGGAUUUCACCACUCGGUGAAUAAACAGCGUUGAUUUGGAAAAUCAAUACACCGUCAAAAUACCACGUAAUAAGCGGACUCGGCAACACUGCUAUGGCAGGCAAAGCCGAUACUUUAAUGUGUUUACGAUGAUACUACCGGAAACUGGGUGUAUUGUGGGAUACACAAGGGGAAAUGAAGAAGUUUACUACGUUUUUGUCUUAUUAAUUCAAGCUUCAUGCCCAAUGCAGUAUUACAGAAUUAAACGGAUUACAGUGCUAUAACAGGAGCCUUCUCAACCAACUUUACCAAGUCAACUGGCAUGAUAGUAUAAACGUAGUUUAUUGAGCCCCUCGAUAAUGGCUGUUAUGACCGACAAGAUUAGUAUAAAAUUAUUUAAAAGACAAAAUGACAUUACAAGGGAGAAGGCACUAUUCAAUUAUAGUGUGACGUAUUUUGUAAGAAAUAGUCACAUAUAUUAGUCCAACUUUGGUUAGCUGGCUGGCGUGAGGUUUUCAAUUCGAGUAAAGUCUGCACACUCAUUUACAUGUAUGUAACAGUUUCAUUACCUUGUAAAUAGUCUGUAGGGUUUGCAAACAACCCCAACGCUUUUGGUGUAGCUAAUUUUAGGUUUAUAAUGGAAUAAUACAUGUAUAUCUGCCGUAACAUUUCUUAUGUGAGCGUCACGCCAGAUGCCAGAGAGCCGGCAGGUCUGCCACUCCGGCCAAAACCGCAAAAAAUCUGCCUAAAAAGACCAGAAAUUCUGGUUUUUAUCGUGCAGACAAAAUCACAGACGUCACAACCGUGCCCUCCAUUAUACAGCUCUAGGAUAAAACAUCCAUGCUUACUGAUGAAGUUCCUGUUUCAUUUUUUCUCUCUCUCUCUUUUAUUAGGAGUGACGGUAAGCGAUGUGACGUUCCAUUUCCUUUCUCGAUCCCAGUAGUCAGAUGAGCUGAGAUAACGUGUCAUCCUCAUAGUUUCAGCGUGCAGUUGAAUAAGAAGGUAGUAUAUCGACGGUAAAAUUAGCUUCUUGAUUAACUUUCCUUCCUAAACAAGUGCUUUGGAUAGACAGUGUUUCUGUUAUGAAUUCGCUACGAUGUGUCGCGGCUACAUGCACGGACUGCAAAACAUAAUCGGCCAUUGGGUUCUUACCUGCAUUACGGUAAAGGAGCAAGAACUUAAUCGAUAAAGAAUUUUUCAGUUUCACAGUUGUCGGCAGUAUUAACUGAUUAUCUGAGGACUUUUUUGUCACAUUUAGGAGGCCAGUACAGAACGUUUAACUGAAAUCUUAUUGUUCUUCCUUAGUUUGCGCAAUAUGAUGAAGUGUGGUGUUAUUUUUAAGAUAAUGCUCAUUAUGAAAUGUAUGUUUCAAACAUAAUUACACAAUUCAUUAGUGAUUCCGCUUUCAAGUAAGUUGAAUAGUGUACUUGUGUAUUUUAAGUUAGAUUUAAUGUGAUUCCUUUGUGGAUUUCUUGUCUUUUUUUCCUUUUAAAUUUUACUUUUUUCCACAGACUCGGAAAGGAACUUCAUGUCAUGCAUGAACAUUUUUUGUCAUCAGUCUUUUAAGUAGUAAGCAUUAACUUGGGAAUUCCCUUCUGCACCAUAUAUAUAAACUGCAGCUCGAUCAAAUACCUCUACUUAAAGUUCAACAUUACACAACAAGGACCCAAAUCUAAAACAGCCUCAUUUCCUCUGCACUUCACCAAUGGAGGAGGCAUACAGGGACUUGUACAUGGAGUUCCUUCGUUUGCGAUCAUUGUGCUUAAAGCAGGCAGCCCUUCUCAGUAAACUAAUGGAGAUGCUGAAACAGCAACAAGCUGUGUCCCACAUACCUAAUGUGAGUGAAGAGGUGAAAGUGUCUCUGCCUGUCCAGUGCAUGGAGGAAGAGCACAAGUCUGAGGGAUCCAGGAUGCCACUUGGCAUUCACCCGCAUCCAGCUGACCUGCUCUUAACCAGUCCUGUGGCAGGAAGUUGCAGUGGUGCUUCAUACCCCCUGGCCGAGGGUUUGAACAGACUGCAUCUGCAAGUUGCUGAGUCACCUAACAUCAGACCAGUGGAGGUUCACAAAAUAGCUACCAUGGGUCCCUUGGGGGCUGCCAGAGGCAACACAGCACCUACUGCUGUUCUGGCUGACCUUAUGCGAGAGGAGCAGCGCCUGAGAGAGACCCCUAACAAUUUUGGUGCCUUUGCCAACCAUGCAAUGGAACACGAGCAAAAGCCUCCCACCCAAAGGCGUUGGAUGAACAGCUCCUUCCUGAACAGUGAAAUGUUGAGCCAGGCCGGUGGUCUCCUGAUGUCUGAGGUGGCACUGCAGUCGCAGGUGUGUGAGUUCUGCCGGGCCGUCUUCCCCGGGAAUACCACCACCAUUGGGGAAUUUCUGCGGCACCUCAAUACUCAUGUCACCUGACCCUUCGUGGGAAGGCAUGGCGAAACUGCCACGAGGCAGAGUUCCCCGUUUCUCUCGUGUGUGCUAAACUUCCUUGUGUGUUCCAAACCCUUUCUCAAAAGAAGAUAACUGCUUGUGUUUAUAGGAUGCUAUAGUUCAUUUUGAAAAUGACUUAUAUGAGUCACUUUUUGAUGCAACAACUGUUAGAAGUAAAUAAAAAUAGGGUUAAAACUUAAAUGAAUUCCCUAUUACUUUUUUUUAAUAAUUAUUGAGAGGACCAAGUCUGUAUAACAUUCCAUGUGUAAUUUUUAAUUCUAUAUAUUUUAUUAACAAAUAGGAGAAGGCAGUCUUUAUGCAUAUCCAUAUGACACCAGUGAUAGAGGUAUCCGGCAUGUGUCCAAUGUGGCCCCCCACCCUGAUUGGCCCCUGCACAGGGCUCCUUUACAGACUGAUUACGACUUGUGCUUCUUGAGCCAUCCUAUACGUUUUCAUAAUUUCUGUAUCCAUAAAUUGAAAACAGUACUGCGAUCAGAGUAAAUGCAUCCAAAACCCACCCAAGAAGGUAUUUUAUAUCCAUCCAUCCUCCAGUAGAGGGUCACUGGGAGCCUGGAGUCUGUCUCAUUAAAGGGGGGGCAUCCUAGGAGGGAUGCCAGUCAAUUACAGGAAACCCUCUCACAGAGCUGGGGGCAGGAACUGAACCCACAGCCCUGAAGAUGUAAGACCACAGUGUGACCAGCUGUGACUCCAGGCAUGUUUUAAGGUGUGUAAACCAUAUAGAGCACUGUGAGAAAGGCAGUCAAAGAAAACAAUGUUUAAAUGAUUUUCAUGUGGGUGUACAACUAUGAUUUUGUGUUUGCCAAAGUGUUUUAGCCGUUUCGAAACCUCUCCUAAGGUCGCCCCAGCAUUUGCAGGAACCGUCAGAUAGACCUGGCUGUUUUUUCACCACCAACAUGCCAUAUUUGCCUAAUCAUUAUCUCUUUGAGGUAUUUAACCGCAUUAAUUAAUUAAUUAAUUAAUUAAUUGAACUGACAUUUAACUAAUACAUAGAAUGGCUGGGGGGUGGCACAGUGUUUCGUAAUGUUGCCUCACACCUCUGGGACCUGGGGUCAGGUCUCCACCAGGGUUCCAUGUGGAGUUUGCAUGUUCUUCCCGUGUAAUUGUGGGGUUUCUUAUGGGUUUUCCGAGUCCCGUACCCCCCCCGCCCCCCCCACAGUCCAAAAAAAUCCUGUGGCUAAUUGGAGUUACCAGAUUGCUCAUUGGUGUUCGUGUGUGAUUGUGCCCUUUGAUGGGUUGGUCCCCCAUCCUGGGUUGUUCCCCUAACCCUUCCACACAUAGCCUCUGGGAUAAGCUCUAAGCCUCCUACAAACCCUGAAUAGGAGAAGCAGUCGCCGAACCUGCAUGUAAUGGCUGGGGCGCUCCUGAGAAGCGGUUUGGGAUCUGAAGCGGUGUUGUUCUAGGCAUCCAACAAGAUUUCAGUAACUUCUUGGAGAACGGAAAGAAAUUCUUGUUAGUUUUUAUUGUGUUCCUAUUAAUUUGCAUAUUUUCAAAUAUUUUUUUUCUGGGCAAAUGUACACUUGCUACCCAGAUAAAUAGCUUUAAACAUGUUCUUUAUCUGCCUUUUUUGCAAAGUGCUGUACAUCAGGCCAAUUUUUAGGUAAUCAAGCCAUAAUAGAACAUAUUUAAAUAAUUUAAACUGACAAUGUAAACAAGAAAAUUAUGUUAAACAUUUGUAGUUGAUAAAACGUUGAUGAGUUGCUCAGUGCAAUUAGCUGCUAUUGAAGCUCAAAGCACUAGGUGGCACCAACCAGAUGCCAACGUUCACUUUCAGUCCUGCUCACUAACCUGCCAGAACAUCAUUCAAGUUCAAAUAAACUGAUCACCUUUGUGAAAAUGUUGAUCUUUCACGAUGCUGGACAGACCCACCUCACACAGCUGUUGGGAGACAAUUUACCCUUGAGAUGGAAAGGCAGGUGAACACAGCAACUUAUAUAUAUGUGUACUGUGUAUGUGUGUGUGCGCAUGCAUGCAUAUAUAUCUGUAAUCUGUAAUCUUUUUUAAAUAAAUGCAAAUAUUCUUAUUUAUGUAGGUAAUUACAGUUGUUAGUAAUUAAAAACUGAGCAUUCAAUCA